AUGGUCAUCGGAAACAUCUACCUCAUUGCGGCCAUCUCCAUUAUUGGAGGUGGUCUGUUCGGUUUUGAUAUCUCUUCCAUGUCUGCCAUCAUUGGCACCAAGCAGUAUCUCUGCUACUUCAACCAAGGACCCAAUGGUCCGCCUGACUGUUCAGGACCUCGGUCUGACGUACAGGGUGGUAUCACGGCUUCUAUGGCAGGUGGUUCCUGGCUCGGAGCUCUGUGCUCGGGUUUCCUCUCUGAUAUUUUCGGCCGUAAACAUGCUAUCAUCGUUGGUGCCUGUAUCUGGCUCAUUGGAUCUACUAUCAUCUGCGCAUCUCAAAACAUUGGCAUGCUCAUCGUCGGCCGUGUCAUCAACGGUUUCUGCGUUGGCAUCUGUUCCGCUCAGGUCCCCGUCUACAUCUCUGAGCUCGCCCCGCCCAGUAAGCGUGGUCGUCUUGUAGGCGCUCAGCAAUGGGCCAUUACCUGGGGUAUCAUGAUUAUGUUUUACAUUAGCUAUGGCUGCUCUCACAUCAAGAGCACCGCAUCCUUCCGCAUUCCAUGGGGUCUGCAGAUGAUCCCUGCGAUGCUGCUCAUUGUCGGUAUGCUCUUCCUUCCCGAGUCGCCUCGUUGGCUUGCUCGCAACGAUCGCUGGGAAGAAGCCGAGAGCGUGUUGGCUCUCGUCCAUAGCAAGGGCGAUCGCAGCAGCGCAUUUGUGCAGCGUGAGAUGCAAGAUAUCCGCGAAAUGUGUGAGUUUGAGCGCGAGAAUCGUGAUGUAUCCUACCUCGAGCUCUUCCGUCCACGGAUGAUCAAUCGCACGCACAUUGGAGUCUUUACUCAGAUCUGGUCUCAAUUGACCGGCAUGAAUGUCAUGAUGUACUACAUUACCUACGUUUUCGCCAUGGCGGGUCUCACUGGAAAUCAAAACCUCGUCUCAUCUUCCAUUCAGUACGUCAUCAACGUAGUCAUGACCAUUCCAGCACUUCUCUACGUUGAUCGCUGGGGUCGUCGACCCACGCUGCUCAUUGGUGCAGCUCUCAUGAUGACCUGGCUGUUUGCGGACGCUGGUCUGCUGGCGACCUACGGACACUAUGCCGGCCCCAACGGCGUUGGCGGCAUCAAGGAAGCCAGCUGGAGCGUGCACGGACCACCAGCCAAGGCGGUCAUUGCGUGCUCCUACCUCUUUGUCGCUUCGUUUGCGCCCACGUGGGGUCCCGUCUCGUGGAUCUACCCUCCCGAGCUCUAUCCUCUGCGUGUACGAGGCAAGGCGGUCGCCCUCGCGACCUCGGCCAACUGGGCCUUCAAUUUCGCCCUGGGCUACUUUGUGCCUCCGGCUUUUGUCAACAUUCAGUGGAAGACGUACCUCAUCUUUGGCGUCUUUUGCUUCGCCAUGUUUAUCCAUGUCUUCUUCAUGUUCCCCGAAACGGCCGGAAAGACGCUCGAAGAGACCGAUGCCAUCUUCACUAAUCCCCAUGGCGUCAAAUACAUUGGUACGCCGGCCUGGAAGACACACAUCUCCACCAGCCGCGUGCGCAAGCUGGAAAAGGGCGAGCUCGACGCCAAAGAGAUUGCUGCAUAUCACGACGAGCAGGCCGAUUUGGGUACCGUUGGCCGCGCAUCCAUGUCUCACGCCGCUCCUGGCCUCUCGGAGACUCCAAAGGUCGGUUAA